CUGAAGUAUUAAUUGGUAUUAAUAGGGCUGAAUCUCUCCAUCUCCACCUCCAUCUUCAUCUCCAUUUGCAUUUGCAUUUGCUUACUCUCUGUGCUUUCUUAUAAUGGAUUUCGAAACUGCUGAAGAUAUUGAUGGGGUUCGUUUUUCAUGGAACACUUUUCCUCCCACAAGAGUUGAGGCAAACAGAACUGUUGUGCCCAUUGGUUGUCUUUACACUCCCUUGAAACAAAGAGAAGACUUGCCUGUAGUUAAUUAUGAUCCAAUUAGGUGUCAUUGUGGUGCCAUUUUAAGUCCUUCAUGUCAGAUCGAUUUAAGACCCAAGACUUGGAUUUGUCCAUUUUGUGUUCGUAUAAACCCCUUACCAAGCCAUUAUCACAAUUUAUCUCCUCUGUUUGUCCCAAACGAAUUAAACAACCAGUCCACUACUAUUGAAUACAUCACCAAAAGAAAAUUAUACACUCCUCCUGUUUUCCUUUUCUUAAUUGAUUUAUGUCAAGAUGAUGAUAAUUUAGAAGCAUUAAAGGAAACUUUGAUUCUUUCUUUAAAUCUUUUACCUCCAAAUGCUCUUGUUGGUUUGAUAACCUUUGGUGCCAUGGUCCAAGUGCAUGAUCUAGCCUACCAAACAUGUCCCAAAACUUACAUAUUUAGAGGUGACAAAGACUAUCCUGUAAACCAACUUCUAUCAAUGCUAGCCUUGAACAAUUCCCAACCAAAUCAAAAUACAAAAUUAUUAAGAUUUUUUUGUCCCGUUGAAAAAAUUGAGUACCAAUUAACCAAUAUUUUGGAAUCUUUGCAAAAGGACCCCUGGCCUGUUAAAUCCGACAGAAGACCUAUCAGAGCUACUGGUGCUGCCUUAUCAAUUGCAGCAAAUAUUUUGGAAUCCUCAUUUGCUAGCUUUGGUGCCAGAAUCAUGUUGUUCAGUGCAGGCCCUGGAACCCUUAACCCUGGUUUAAUAGUAGGUCAGGAACUAAGAGAACCAAUUAGAUCACAUAGUGAUAUCGAUAAGGAUUCCGCAAAACAUUUCAAAAAAGCCACUAAAUUUUACGAAGCUUUAGCUGAAAAAAUUGCUAGUAACUCACAUGUUGUUGAUAUCUUUGCAGGUUGUUACGAUCAAAUUGGUAUGUCCGAAAUGAAAAGUUUGCCAACCUUAACUGGCGGUGUUCUUCUAUUAUCUGAUGCUUUUACAACUGCAAUCUUCAAACAAUCUUUUUUGAGAUUGUUCAACAAAGACGAUGAUGGUUUCUUGUCAAUGGGCUUUGCUGCUCAAUUUGAGGUGAAAACAUCUAGAGAAUUAAAAAUUAGUGGUUUAAUUGGUCAUGCCACUUCCUUGAAAAAGACCGGUACCAACAUCGCUGAUACUGAAAUCGGUAUUGGUGGCACCAACACAUGGAGAAUGUGUUCAAUUACUCCAAACCAUUCUUAUGCUCUUUUUUUUGAAAUUUCUAAUGUAAACCCUUCAAAUGGUGCUCAAAAUUCUUUCAUUCAAUUCAUCACAAGUUACCAACACUCCUCUGGUACUUUUAGAAUAAGGGUCACCACAUUGCAAAAACCUUUAGCUGGCUUGAAUGAGCUAGUUGUAAAGAAUUCUUUUGACCAAGAAGCUGCUGCCGUCUUAAUGUCAAGAAUUGCAGUAUUCAAAGCCGAACAGGAUGAUGGCGCUGAUGUUCUUAGGUGGAUUGAUAGAAUGUUAAUUAGAGUUUGUCAAAAAUUUGCCGAUUAUGAUAAAGAUUCACCUGAUAGUUUUAGGCUAACUCCAAAUUUUACUCUUUAUCCUCAAUUUAUGUUUUACUUGAGAAGAUCACAAUUUCUACAAGUUUUUAAUAAUUCUCCAGAUGAAACUGCAUUUUACAGACACGUAUUAACAAGAGAAGAUACUGUCAAUUCAUUAAUUAUGAUUCAACCAACAUUAACCUCAUUUACGUUAGAAAACGAACCUGAACCAGUAUUAUUAGAUUCAGUUUCAAUUAAAGCUGACAGAAUUCUUUUAUUAGAUACCUUUUUUCAUAUUUUAAUUUAUCACGGUGAAACUAUAGCAGCUUGGAGAAAAUUGGGCUAUCAAGAUCUACCUGAAUAUGAAUCAUUUAAGGAAUUUUUAGAAGAACCUAAAAAAGAAGCAGCCGAAUUAUUAGUUGAAAGAUUCCCAUUACCUAGAUUUAUUGAUACCGAAGAAGGUGGAUCACAAGCCAGAUUUUUAUAUUCUAAAUUGAAUCCUUCAAAUACAUAUCAAUCACAAGAACCUUAUGGGGCAGAUUCUGGUAUUGCUGUGGUUUUAACGGACGAUGUGAGUUUACAAACAUUUAUGAACCAUUUACAAAAACUAGCUGUUUCUCCUACAUCAUAAGUUUUUGUUUAGAAUUUUCAAUUUUUUGUUUGCUUUAAUUUUGUUUCCCUUUAUUUAUUUACCUAUUUACCUAUUUUUUGAUUAUUUAUUUAUUUAUUUAUUUAUAUAUUUAUUUAUUUAUUUAUUGCAUGUCUUUGUAAUAGUCUUUACUUUCAAAAAUCAACGUAUUUAUAUUGUCAUUCUUCUGGUUGCUUUUAUAUACCUUUCAAUAGUUUUUGGUUGAUUGAGCCGAUCACUUUUGUUUUUGUUGGUUAAGACUGGUUCCGAAUAUCGAUUUACUUUCUUUUUUUUUAUAUAUCUUUUUAGGUUUAUAUCUGAUAUCGA